AGCACUAAUAGGUAUAUUUAUUUAAGAACGGUGGGGGAAGGUACCCUAAACUGCAACCUUCAAUGGAAUCCGAUCUCCCCGCGAUCAACCCCGGAAUACAGUGAUAGUGAUGUUCACCUCCGCCGUCUUACAGUCCGUCGGGGCUGGGACGAAGGAAUACACAAUUGUGUAUUCUAUCCUAUUUUAUUUUAUUUUUAUCCACCCACUUGUCUCCCCGAGCAAAUCCAUAAGACGGCUCAAGAUCGCCGUCGACGAAACUAGUGCGCUCUUUAAUGAGCACCGUGACGUGCUAAUCACAGAAGAGAUUAAGCUGACGGAAUUGCGAGCGGAUAUGUUAACACUAAUCAGAGAAGAUCUUGAGGUGUCACGACGAAUUUCUAUUACCAGCGUGCACAGUUUAAUGAUCUUUGCAUCCGAAAAGAAGAAUACCUGGAAAAAAGCGCAUCAAUACCACAGGGACAUCGGUGAAUUGAGGGCAAGAAUGGAGAUCAUGCUACUCAAGGAUGCAGAAGAAAAUGAACGGCGACUAGUUGAACGCCAAAAGGUUUCUCGGCAAGGUAUAUUCACACGUGCAAGGCAGUCCUUCUAUACCAUUAUGUGAAACUAUAAAACACCAAAAUGUACUGUCAAUGUAAG